UUUACGUAUGGGUGUCGAAAGAGGAAGUUAAUCAACAAUCAGUCGGCAAUAACUGCCUAACACGUUUUAUUUUUAAGAUAUUUUCCUAUUGAAAUGUUACGCUGUUCUGGACUCCCUUUUCUCCCGGGAAACACAUUUCCUGAUAUCGGCCAGACCAAAUUUCACAAAUCACACCACUUCGACCGAUGGAACCGAAUCUGUAGGUUAGCGGAAAAGAAACGGCCGGGAAUCGGUGGAAAAGUAUACUCGCCAACCGAUGGCCCGGAAUAUUGUCUGCCUUCGUUGUAUCCACCGCGGCAAGGUCCGCUACUGCCCUCGUGGCUAACCUAUGACCGUAAGGUACUGUGUUUCCACGGAUUUUUCCAGGAAACGAUGACGGAAGUCGACCGCAUUCCGUAUCAGAUUCGGAAGGUGAAAAUUCUGUAUUACCUCGAGGAUAACACGAUGCAAGUCAGUGAGCCGCGUACGAUGAAUUCCGGCAUACCGCAAGGUUGCCUAGUUACGCGCCAGCGGAUUCCACGUCCUGCACCGUAUGACGGGGAAUUUACCUCGUUGCUGGAUCUCAACAUUAACCAUACGGUGCAGUUGUUCGAUCGCGUGUACACCAUAACCGGAUGUGAUGAUUUCACGCGAAAAUUCCUCAAUCAAAUGGGUGUUUCCGUGCCCGAUGCGGCAGAGACGCCGAUCGAUCCAAGCACAGAACAACGCAAAAAACAGGACGCCGCCAAAAUGGCCAAGAGACCUGCAUACAAAAUCGACACCUUGGGUAAAUUUCUCGAAUACGAUCGGAAGGUGCUUCGCUUUCAAGCCUUCUGGGAUGACAGAACGAGCCUUUUCGGUGAUCUGCACGAGCUAGAAGUUCUCUAUCGACUGAGUGACGACACGAUAGAAAUCAAAGAGAAGCUACCUCCCAACUCCGGACGAGAUUCGAACGGUAUGUUCCUACACCGUGGCCGACUGCCGAAACGAUUCGAACGACUACCGGUUAUGGGAGAAAGCACGCCAAUCACGGUGCUGAACGUGCUGGGCAAGGGUCUCAAGGGCGGUCGUUAUUUACCCGAUUGCGUUGGGAUUGGUAAGAGUGAAGACAAUUACUACAAGGCUUCGGAUCUCGCGAUCGGACAAACAAUCAACGUGUACGGUAGAAGGGUUACCUUGACGGAUUGUGAUGAAUUUACACGGGAAUAUUAUCGUUCGAAGUAUGGCAUCGAAGAAUUCCAACCGAUCUACGGGUACAGUGUGAGAAAGAAUGAAUUUGUCCAUAGAUUGCGUCACACUCACCAGUUACCACCCUACAACGGAUGGGGAACCCACGAAGACUCGGAGGGAAAUUGUAUUACAGUUGAGCCAUCUCCACCAAAGAUCGAUUUUCGCAAAUUCAUCGUCUACGAUCGCUGCAAUCUUCGCUUUGGGGCACGAAUGGAAUCGAAUAUCAAGGAAAACAACGAUCGAUUCUUUGUCAUUACGUACUACUUAAGUGACAACACGGUAUCGGUUUAUGAACUAAUGAUCCGAAAUUCCGGUUUUCAAGGAGGAGUAUUUAUCAAAAGAGCCAGAAUUUUACUUCCAGAUCAGGACAUUUUUACACCCGACCGACCCAAGUAUUAUCAACCUCAGGAUUUCUAUCUCGGCACAACUGUAAUUCUACAGGAUCACAAAUUUAAAAUCACCAAUGCCGACAUCUACGCUCUAACUUUUAUGGAAGCUUACUGCGAAGAAUUCCCGCUAUCGAAUGUAUCUAAAAUAGUACAGAAAAUUCGAAAUGCUCUACAACCGGUCUAUAAAGACUACGUUGCUAAACACAUGGACAAAGUGGUGCCAAAAACAAUCGACGGAACACCGGUAGCUACUGUUACAUAUGAAGCAUUACGCGACAUGUUGAUUGAACUGCUGGGUGAUGGAAUCGUCGAGCAAGAAAUCGUAUCACUGUGCCGUCAGUUUUGUGCUGAAUCCAAACAGGAAGACACAUGCGACAAGGAACUGGUACGAUCGGCCGUCCACGCGGAAUUAACGCGUCAACUCUGGAAUGAUUUGGAGCGCACUAGAGAGCACCUGUACCAUUUAGAUCCCACCUCAGCUGGGGGUUGGAUGAGUCCCAAACUCGUCGUUGGCACCAUCAAAGCCUGCCGGAUUCCACUGGAUAAUGCUCUUAUUGAGGCGAUGUUGAAAAUCCUAAACCGUAAUGAACGAGGUGAUGUGGAGGUGAAGGAUUUCCUGGCCAUUCUGGAUCCGGUACAGAUUCCUUGCAAACCUCUGCAGCCACUGAAUGUAAAACAUGACGUCUGUUAUUUUACACCUUAUCGAAUCAGUGGAAAUAUCAUCGACUGGGAUAAACUGCUGCGUAGUAUUGAUCUGGAAAGUAAACUAACCGAUCAAACUUCUUGAUUGAGCUCAGAUUAGACGAAAUAAUGAAAUUUGAGAUUUUUUGUAUGCUUUUAAACUAAUGCAAUUAAAUUAUUUCUUUGAAUGCGUGUAUGAUGAUUAGAUAAAAAAGUUUAUACUGUUGAGAAUUACCUUCGUGGCGGGGGAUUUGACCAUCGUAUUCUGGUUCAUUGAUUAGGUUAGACCCCUUCGUUACCGUGAAGACUCGAAAAAAAAAACUUCAAACAGUUUCGUUUCUUUCGGCACGUUAGUACAGACAUGGCUGCCCUUAUUACCGUUCUCACUUCCACUUUCACUUUGACUUCUCUGUCAAAAUCACUUCACUUGAUUUUCCCUAUUAUCGGUUU